GCUUAUAUCGUCUCUGUACAAAAUGUAAUCCCACUUUCUGCAUACAUGCGCGACGCCCUCCCUGCUGUCCAGGCUUUCGAACGCCUCGCGCCUCAUGAAGAGGGCGAUCGAUUCCCCACACCGCUUGUUCGCAGCGGAUAUCGUCCAGUUAAGGUCUGAAGACACAGUGCAGCACUCUCCCGAACUCCAACGGCUCAAAUGCCGAAUGUCGCUUUCCCCUCUCUCACCUCUUCCGCAGGCUCAUACCCCUGGAUCCAGAGCAUGUCCCCAGACCGUGUACGCACUGGGUGAAGCCAACCCGUUCCCUGUUCCCCGACACCCGGCAUCGUAGCCCUCCCUUCUCCAAACAAGGCAUCUACCGGUGUUGAGCGUCGUACCUAGGAUCUGACGCGCACUACGCCCUCCCAGGCUUAAGAUCCUGUCAAACAUUCUCAUGGUUUCUGUUGCUUUUCUCUCGGCUUCCCCACUCCCGCCUACAGAUAUACAUCCAAGUCUCGCCUGCUGCGCGAGCACCCAAAUGAUCCAAUCC